GUCGCAAACGGAAGGUGGUGCUGAGGCAGCGCAGGCAGGUUGAAGCCGGGGGUCGGCCCGGCCCGUUGUCUGUCGCCGUCGCCGCCGCCGCCCGUCCGGGCAGGCAGUCCCUGGCCCGCCGCCAUGUCGCUGCACGGCAAGCGGAAGGAGAUCUACAAGUACGAGGCGCCCUGGACCGUGUACGCCAUGAACUGGAGCGUGCGGCCCGACAAGCGCUUCCGCCUGGCUCUCGGCAGCUUCGUGGAGGAGUACAACAACAAGGUUCAGCUUGUUGGUUUAGACGAGGAGAGCUCGGAGUUUAUCUGCCGGAACACCUUUGACCAUCCGUACCCCACCACAAAGCUCAUGUGGAUCCCUGACACCAAAGGCGUGUAUCCAGACCUGCUGGCCACCAGCGGCGACUAUCUCCGCGUGUGGAGGGUUGGUGAAACAGAGACCAGGCUGGAAUGUUUGCUAAACAAUAACAAGAACUCAGACUUCUGUGCUCCCCUGACCUCCUUUGACUGGAAUGAGGUGGACCCUUAUCUUUUAGGAACCUCCAGCAUUGACACGACUUGUACCAUCUGGGGACUGGAGACGGGGCAAGUGUUGGGACGAGUGAACCUGGUGUCUGGUCACGUCAAGACCCAACUCAUCGCCCAUGACAAAGAGGUCUAUGACAUCGCGUUCAGCCGGGCUGGGGGCGGCAGGGACAUGUUCGCCUCUGUGGGUGCUGAUGGCUCAGUGCGGAUGUUUGACCUCCGCCACUUAGAACACAGCACCAUCAUUUACGAAGACCCACAGCACCACCCACUGCUCCGCCUCUGCUGGAACAAGCAGGACCCCAACUAUCUGGCCACUAUGGCCAUGGAUGGGAUGGAGGUAGUGAUUCUGGACGUCCGAGUCCCCUGCACACCUGUUGCCAGGUUAAACAACCACCGAGCUUGUGUGAACGGCAUUGCUUGGGCUCCGCACUCGUCCUGUCACAUCUGCACUGCAGCGGAUGACCAUCAGGCCCUCAUCUGGGACAUCCAGCAGAUGCCCCGCGCCAUCGAGGACCCUAUCCUGGCCUACACAGCCGAGGGGGAGAUCAACAAUGUGCAGUGGGCCUCGACGCAGCCCGACUGGAUCGCCAUCUGCUACAACAACUGCCUGGAGAUACUCAGAGUGUAGUGCUGGUGGCACCGCGCCCACGAGGCAGGGCCUGCGUGCUUCCUGCCCCGCCCCACCCCCAAAGUAAGAAGAAGGGUGUUUCCAGCGGCCAGUGAGCCUCGCCGUGCAGCCGCCACCGCCAGCAGCUGCGCUGGGGCUUCCCGGCCGGUGGCCCGUGGCUCUGCCGGACUCGGUGCUGGGUGGCGCCUCUCAGCCCAGGGCUGAGUUUUAAGAUUUCUCUCUUCCCCUCUUCUCCUCUGGUUUCUUGAUUAAAAUUUUCUGUAUA